AUGUCGCAAGCACACAAUCACCAUACCACACACGGACAUAACGAAAUCGAACACUUGCACCAUCAACAACAUCACCGCGAUGAGGAUGGACACCAUCACCAUUACUCUGUUCCUGCUCGGAAGCUCGUUUUCACCAAGGGGAUUCUCGACAUACUCGUAUCAUUAUUCCUGCUGUUUUUCCCAUCUUUCUUCCUAGAUGGGCCCUUGACAUCGGCAGUGUACAAUCUGACUGGAAUUCCAGCGGCAUCAUGGGGACAGGACCACGCAGGUGUUGCUAGUCUAUCUGCACUGGUCAUGGGAUGCGGCUUUGCUGGAAUUACAGCUGGACAGACAGCGUCUGACGAUGGAUAUAGGGUCGUUGCUGCCCUGAACGGCGCAUUUGCGAUAGCUGGAUUUAUUAUAUGCCUCCUUUCUCCACACAAGUACGGCUCGGUAUUCCUCUUGUUUAUGUCUAUCCAAGACAUCAUCUGGUAUGCCGCCAUCGUACAUGCUGGAUCCUUUGGACCAUUGGACUCCCUCGGGUUGUCAAGUCGGGGCCUUUGUGUGUUGGAAGAACGACUCUCGAGGGACGUGCUGAGACGCAAAGCAGAAUUCGACGCGAGGCAUGGACAUGGCCAUCAUGAGAAGCAUGGCUUGGAAGGUUAG